AGCUCAGGAGGGCUACAAGUGCCUUCUCCGGUUAUAUUGAAGGACUUCCAGCAAUCAGCGGAGGACAGAGAAGCCCCAAGACUUCAAGACACAGGGAGGGGGGAGGAAGAAGAAGAAGAAGGUAGGCUCUCUUGGUUUCAGGAAGCCGGGAAAAAAAUGAGUCUAAAGUUGCUGAAUGUUCCUGUCCACUUUGGAUAAAUACUUUUAAUAGAGAACUUUAACUUCCGUGUUGGGAUCUUGUCUAAUUGUGUUAUUAUUGGCAGAGAUUUCAAGAGGAUGUCUUCGAUAUGAGGCUGCUUGGGGACAUCUGAAUAGCUCCCAUGGAGCUCCACCACCUUGCUAAGAAGAGAGGGCAAGCGGACCAGUGCAACAAUCUGGACUGGAAUUUGGGGGCUCCUCCCUGUGACCAACAGCAGGUUAGAGGAGAUAUAAAGUUGACUGAAGCAGCAACCAGAGCUGUUCUCUGCUGCCAGAAACACUGCAAAUCAACACAAAGGGUUAUAGAGGAUAAUGAGACCAGCUCUCCUCCCACAUUUGACUUCCUCCCUCAGAGAGAUAACAUUGUUCAGACAGAUGGCCACCCGUCAGCAUCUCUCAAGUUAGAAAAAGAGCCAAUAACGGCUGAAGAGAAGGUCUGCCACUGCUAUGCCCAGGAACUUGAAACUUCCUUCACCUAUGUUGAUGAAAAUGUCAACCUGGAACAUUGUACUGGCAGCUUUUCUACAGCAAAGGAUGGUAGCCACCAAAGAGGUCCUGGCUGGGAGAACCCAAAUGAAUGGUCCCAUGAGGCUGCCAUGUCCCUGAUAUCUGAAGAAGACGACAUGGGCUCUGAAGCCACUGCUUCAGGGAAGUCAACAGAUUAUGGCUUCAUCAGUGCCAUCUUGUUCUUGGUCACUGGUAUCUUGUUGGUGAUCAUCUCCUAUUUGGUCCCCAGGGAAGUGACUGUGGACCCCAAUACCAUCGCAGCCCGGGAAAUGGAACGCUUGGAGAAUGAGAGUGCCAGAAUUGGGGCUCACCUGGAUCGCUGUGUGAUAGCUGGCCUCUGCCUCCUUACUCUGGGUGGUGUGGUUCUGUCCUGUUUAUUGAUGAUGUCCAUGUGGAAGGGGGAGCUAUACAGGAGGAAUAGGUUUGCCUCUUCCAAAGAGUCUGCAAAACUCUAUGGUUCUUUCAAUUUCAGGAUGAAAGCUGGCACCAAUGAUAAUACCCUAGAAUUGUCCUUAGUGGAAGAAGAUGUCCUCACUGUAGAUAGUUAAUUGUGGCUAUGCAUUUCCUUUAAAAAAAAAUGGCACAGGAGAGAUUCCUAUUAUAUUGAACAACAUGAAAUAAGUGAUGGUCCACAGGUUGAGUAUCUGCCCUAGAAUUCCUUCAGAAAAAAAAAAGCAAACAAGUGUCAUUCAUUAAACACUGCUGAACACAUAAUGGUGAUUUAUUUGACUGACAAGAAAAGCUUAUUUAUUAACCAAUACCCACCGAGUAUUUUCUUUGUGGAAAUGUUUUUCUCCAGAAUAAAGUCAUUUAAGAGUCAAUUAAAGAAACCCAAGUUGAUAAUUUAAACCAUUGAUACACAAAUUAAACAGUAAUGAACUAGUGCUGAGCAUCUAUUUCUACUUUUAUUAUUCUAAGAUGAAACAGUUCAAGAAAAAAGGUUAUUUAAUUUUGAUUUCCCUAAUAACAAAUAUUAUUAUUCGAUUCCUCAAGAUGCUUAUCUUUACUGCUUAUAUAUGUAAGUUAUUAAUAAUUUACUUUGCAAUAAAGAUGAUAAGUAACCAAGUAGAGAAAAGCACAGUACAGUGGAUCAAAAACUACUUGAAGUCUGGAAAUCUUGGGUUCAGAUCUUACCUUUGAUGCUAGCUGUGUGGCCCUGGGCAAAUCUCUCAACCUCUCAGCUUCA